AUGAUAUUCAACGACCGCUGCCAGCCCAAAUAUGAUACCUCCGACACAGCAUUUGUAGAGCGCAUGCUAGUGUUACCCUUUCGCUCCAAGUUUUUGAAGACCGAACAAGAGGUGAAGGACAGCAAAUUGGAAUACAAGUACCUAGCCGACCCAUUCAUUUCAGAUAAGUUUCAUGUGUGGCAACCAUAUAUUUUGGAAUGGUUACUGGAAGGGCAUAUGAAGUAUUUACAAAACCGGUUUCAGAACAUUCCAGACUCAUGCAAAGAUUGGAGAGAAGAGGUAUCUGCAGUGGUAGAUAACUUGGAGGAAUGGUUGGAGGAUAAUGUGGAGGAAGCAGAAGAUGCGGUUUUGGAGUUGAAGGACAUCAAAGCAUGGAUGCCCCAAUCCAUGAAGUUGAGAUUCAAAGAUAAGAAGCACCUUGUAGAUGUGCUUCGUAAAACUCUCAAAAAUUAUGUUUCUGACACAGGAAAGGGGAAGGAUAGGAUGAUGGAUGUAUUUAGGGGCUACCAAUUGAAACUGCAAUCAUGUUUCCGUUGA